GAACGGUACUGUUUAUAGCUAGUGAUGAACAUCUCUCAGUAAAAAAAAAGGUCCUGCAUUCAGCCCAGCACAAUUUUUCAAUAUCAUCACUAAAAAUUAAUGCGAAUUAAUUAUGGCCCGCUAGUGUCUAGCGAGGGUAUACUGAUACUUUCACUAGUCAAAGUAAAGCCAAGCAAAGCAAAGCAAGGCAAAGCUCAGUAAUACCACCAAAGCAUGAUACUAUCACCCGCAGAGAGAGCGUACUUGUACGAGUCGCUAGUUCAGAAACCAGCCAUACGACCAGGAGCAAGAUCCGACCAUCAGUUCCGACCAUUAGAAGCCAAGACAGGCUUCUUACCUAAUUCCAAUGGAUCAGCUAGAAUUAGAUUAAAUGAUGGUAGUGAAUGUAUUAUUAGUGUUAAAUCUAAAGUAGUAGUUACCCGAGGGGAACUGUCCUUGAUUGAAGUUGAUAUUGAUGUACCUGGAUUUCGAGAUGAUUCGAAUUUUGUCUCUAAUCUUAAAUUUAGUUUAACUAAUCUCCUCAUUACUAAAUUCCCCGUUGAAUAUUUAAGACUUACAUCUAAAUAUUCUUUUAAAUUAUUUAUAGAUUGCAUAGUAAUAAGUCAUUCAUCAUAUCCAUUAAGUUUAAUAUCUUUAACAUCAUAUUUAGCUUUAAAAACUACUAGAUUACCAUUAUUAACUAGUGAAGUUAAUGAUGAAGAAAUUGAAGAACAACCAACAUUUUCUGAUGAUUGGGAUAAUGCAAAAUAUAUUCAUCCUACAUUUCAACCUCCUAUCUUCAUAACUUUAGGAGUAAUAGGAGAGAAUUUAUUAUUUGAUCCAUCAAUUGAAGAAGAACAAGUAUUAGAAAAUGGAUUAAUAUUAAGUUUUUAUAAGGAUAAAGUUAUAACGCCAAUAAUCAAUAUGAAUUUAGCUACAAAUUCUAAUAAUUCUAAUUUUAAAGGGUUAAAUCAAAAAUUAAUUAUACAAAGUAUAAAUUUAUGUAAUAAAUAUUGUCCUGCUAUAAUUAAAGCAUUAGAUACUUUAAUUGAACAAGAUGAUGAAAAUGAUGAUACUGAUAAUCAUAUUUUUUAA